GCUGCUGCUGGCUGCUACGUGUCCGCUCCGCUGCGUUACGUUACGUUACGCCAGCUUACGUCUCGCUACGUUUCGUUCUCUGAGAUACUUCUGGUCGGUUUUCCGCGAUCUCAUCCAGUGGAUAAGAAGCCGGCGGACGGCGAUAAUAGCCUCUGUUCGCAGCGUGAAAAUUAUCAAGUUCAAAACUCAAUGCGGCGCGGCGAGGGAUAAAAUAAAAAAGAAAAUAUACAAAUAAAUCCCAAAACAAAGAUCGUAAAAUAACAAGUGUAUUUUUGUGUGCCAGUGUAUCUGUGACGCUCAAACAGCAGUGUAACCAAAUAGAAAAUAAGAGUAAUAAUACUCGGCCAAAACGUAUUGUGUGGGUAAACAAACAAGUUAAGCAGCCAACGCAAAACAGCAAAAAUCCAGUCAGAAAGGAAAUGUAGACCGGGCAGGCCGAACUCGGAACGAAUCCUGCAACCGCGAAUGUCACUCCUAGGAAAGCCGCUGAACUACAACCGCGGCACCCGCCGCGAUGUUCGCUACCGGCGCCUCCAGAGUCGCCUCUACAACUUCCUGGAGCGGCCCCGCGGCCUGCACGCCAUCUUCUACCAUGUGAUGGUAUUUCUGAUGGUGUUCACCUGCCUGGCGCUCAGUGUGUUUUCCACCAUCAAGGAGUACGAAGACGACGCCGUCUACAUCCUGUUCCGCAUGGAGAUCCUGGUGGUCAUCUGGUUCACGAUGGAAUUCGGAGCUCGACUGUGGUCAUCGGGCUGCCGAUCGCGAUACCAGGGAUGCCUGGGUCGGAUGAAGUUCGUGAAGCGACCAUUCUGUAUUAUAGAUAUCGUCACCAUUUUAGCCUCAAUUGUAGUAUUAGGGAUGGGCACCUCGGGCCAGGUGUUCGCCACGAGUGCUUUACGUGGCCUCCGGUUCUUUCAGAUUCUUCGGAUGGUGCGCAUGGAUCGACGGGGCGGCACCUGGAAGUUGCUCGGAUCGGUUGUAUACGCACAUAGACAGGAGCUGAUAACAACCAUGUACAUAGGGUUCUUAGGUCUAAUCUUUGCAUCAUUCCUGGUCUACAUGUGGGAGAAGGACGUAAAUGACAAGUUUAGCAAUUUCGCCCAGGCCCUCUGGUGGGGAGUGAUAACGCUCUGCACAGUGGGCUAUGGAGAUAUGGUGCCCAUCACCUGGCAGGGCAAGUUAAUUGCCUCCUGCUGUGCUCUUCUGGGAAUCUCCUUCUUCGCUCUUCCUGCGGGCAUCCUUGGAAGUGGAUUUGCUCUGAAAGUGCAGCAGCAGCAGCGACAGAAGCACAUGAUCCGGCGUCGCCAGCCGGCGGCCACUCUAAUCCAAGCCGUGUGGCGAUGCUAUGCGGCCGACGAGCAUUCCGUGUCGGUGGCCACGUGGAAUAUCCACCGGGUUGCCCUGCCCAGUCCGCCGGCUUCUUCUGAAAACUGGGAGCGAUUAUUAAAAAACAUAACUGAAUAUAGACGGGCGUCCUCCAGCUUUAAGCACAACACAUCCUUCGUGGCCCGGCUGCCCACCAUCCGGCGGCACAAGAGCCAGACGAUCCAGACUCCGGGCGGAGGUGACGGCGGCGGAGUGUCCAAGCCGCCGGGCUCGUCGAGGGCCUCCACGAGGUACACCCGCACCAUCCGGGACAUCAAUGCGUCCGUGGAGAAUCUGGCCAGCCAGCCUGCGUCGCUGGCCAACUGCCAGCUGAGCUCGAGUGCCGGCUCCCUGGCCCAGUUUCCUGAUCGGGAUCGGGAUCGGGAUCAGGAUCGGAAUGGGGAUGGGGAUCAGGCUGAGGAGCAGGCCAAGGCUGCGAGUGGUUCCUGGAGAAACCUCACCAUUCCGGUGGUGCUCUACGGUUUUCUGCAUGGCAACUUCUUGGGCUCGACGCUUUCGCUGCGCAAUCCACGGGUGGCUCCGGCCGACGAUCGGGAUCUGGAGGCUGGCCGGGAGGAGGAAGAGGUCCACAAAGAUACUUGCCAGCGGAGCAACACCUUGCCGCUGCCCCUUAAAGAGGGCAGUGGGAGUCCCACUUCCAGUCCGAAUCCCAGUCCGGGCAGUGGACGGACAGGUCGCUUUUUUGCGGCUGCAUCGCACUUUCUGGAGACCGGAUUCAGCAACCCAAAUCCGACGAUCGAAGUGGCAAAUGAGGAGGACGAGCCGCGCUGCACGCAGCUAACCAACCGGCACAAAACCGCCAUCAGGUUUAUACGCAAGCUCAAGUACUUUGUGGCGCGAAGGAAAUUCAAGGAGGCCUUGAAACCCUACGACGUUAAGGAUGUCAUGGAGCAGUAUGCAGCCGGACACGUGGACUUGUUGGGUCGCGUUAAAAUGCUACAUUUGCGCUUGGAUCAAAUCCUGGGCAAACAAGGCUCCAAGGCCAAGGAUGUCUAUGCAUCCAAAAUAAGCUUAGCCUCCCGCGUGGUUAAAGUCGAGCGGCAGGUGGCUGAUAUCGAAGAGAAGCUGGACGUGCUGAUCAAGGCGUACAUGGAGGAUCGUGAUAGAUUCCUGGCUCUUCCGCUGCCAGCCAAGCCCAAAAUACAUUCCAUUAGUCCUAGCCACAAACCCCUGCACCACGCCCACAACCUGGCGAUGAUCGAUGUGUGGAAACGGACCGCGGCACUCAGUGUGCAUCCGGAGCAGGUGACCACCACACCCUUGCUGAAUGCCUCGGCCACAGAUGGCUCCGAGCUGCGAUCCCUGACAUCCACGCAAACGCUGACGACGACAACCGAUGCGAUCGCCACACAAACCCCCUUGCCGCCGCACAUGCAGCAUACAGCGACCAAUACAAAGUCUUCCGUGCUCAACUCAUAUCAGCUGGGGUCUGAGAAGCAGCAGCACAAUGAUGUUUUUAUGACUGAAUUAGAGAAUAGAACCAAAAAACGCGUAACGUUAAGCCUACAUAGAUCCACAUCGGAGCCGUAUAGCAAGCAGGAGCAGCGGAUCAACAUACCCGAUGAGGGAGCCGAGUCCCUGGACAGCAGUGCUAAGCCAACGCCGCCAGAUAGUUCAAUUAUACUAAUCGAUGAGUACGAGGACUUCGAGGAGGAGGAUCUGAACUGUGAGGGCGAAUUGGAUCAUUUCCCCUCCUGGGAGAUCGACAGUGAUAUUGGGGUGGAAGUGGACGUGGACGCGGAUGCCGAUGGCGACUGUGAUGAGUCCACCGAGGACACAGCCCUGCUGCAGUGUGCCACGCGCACCGCCAUUGUUAUAACACCAAUUAGCCCAGUAAGCUCCGCACACAAUCUUCAGCAAUUAAAUGACCAAACUACAACGCUUAAUAAAUCAAAUUUGCUUCCGCCAGACUCUGGCUAGUUAAUUGCAAUUAAACCUAGCCUAAAUGUAGUUAUUACAUUAUCAUUAGAAUUA